AUGGCUGACGAACGGGAGGAGACCAGCCGCUUGUACGGCCCUCCGAGAAUCACAAUCAUCCCUCAUGAAGGUCUUGAGGCAGGACCGCCUCAACUGCACGCGAGUCGUCUUCCGAGUCAGCCUCAAGCACUCCGCAUCAUCCAGCCUUUGGAGGCGUGGUACCCUCCCACUCGUUCGACGGAGACCGCGCCGGCAUCGACGGUUUUUGAUUCGCAGCGAGUGCAGAGACGAUGGCUAUUCAACGCCCACCCGGAAGCUUUCAUAGGCAGCUCCGAAGCCACCGGCUUUUUAGCCGAGGGCCUCUCUCAGAUCAUGCAGCCCGAAGCUGCAGCCCCCUCGGCGCAGCCGCUCAUGGCCAUCAGCCAGAUGGCGGACGUUAGCAACCACACCCGCGUCCAUCCGGUUCCUGUGCUCGCCAUGGCCACGGGCGAGUCGGGUGAGCUCCUUCGGCUUUCCAAAUUGAACGAGACGAAAUGGCAGUGGGGCGAGCACGAGAAUCCCAGCUUACAGCUAUUGAACGUCGAUCAGCAGGACAGGGAGGAAACAGUACUUUGGUCAAGCGACGGUGCCCCUAUUCAACAGAUCAAGCCCGCGCUCAGUCUGGUACGAUUCGAGCCUACACGAUGGCUUCUCAUUCAGAAGAGGACAUCGACCACGAUACUUCAACCGGAAUACCACCGAAUCCCAGUCUCGGAGCGUCCGCCAGGGAUCGCCAGGGCUAUCGAACGCCCCUCCCGAGUCAACCCGAAGCCUAUCUUGACCAUCACCUCAGAACAGACGGGAGGUUUUGCCCACUCCGACGUUUCGUUCAGGUACGGAUCUCAACGGAAACCUCCACAACUUGCCAUCAUCGACGAGUGUGGCUACUACAGUGUCUGGGAUAUCAAGGGCCGAGACAUGGUAGGUUCCACCAGCAAGCGUGCGAAGCUGAGACACUGCGGCCACAUUGAACUGGGUGUCACGGAUCAACUGCCAGACGAAGACUCGCCAGCUUUCCGCUCAGAGCCUCAUGGUGUGUUGUGGAUCGGCCCCGCCGGUAUGGGCGUGGACCUCUGGGACGUUCACUCCAUCGAGGAGCUCAACACUGAGAACGACCUGGCUGCUCUCACUGCGCUGUCUAAGAAGCUCCUGCUGUGGAAUCGCACUCGGUUCGAGGUGAUCGACUUAAAAGAUCCAAGUUUUCGAAAAACCUUGCCGGUACUGAAGACGAAUGAAGCGGAUUACAUUCUCGACGUAAAGCCGAAUCCUGUGAACAGAACUCAGGUGAUUGUUCUGACAACAUCAGCGUUGUUCUGGAUUGAAACUUCAUCCGAGGCAGCUGCUGGGUACAAGACGGGCGAUAUUUCCACACUUCAGUCAUUCGCACAUCUCAGGGGCUCAGAUGCCGACAGUCUCAAGCUUACGGUUCACCAUAGAGGACAUGAACGGGGCAAAGAGACUUGUAUCGCAUACCUCUACUCUGAGAAGUCUCCGGAAGUCGAGCUGUUUUGGCUUUCCGUGCCCGAGGAGACCGGGCUACCACAAUUCCAGCAUUACAUGAUGAGGGUUGAAAAUGGGUCUACCGACAGGCCGCUUAAGAUGCACACGUUGUGCCCUACUCCAGCCCGCUUCAUGCCGGAGUCAUCAGAUUCGGACGCCGGUCUAGGUGCGGAGUACCGGAAUCGCGAAGUCGGAUUCCAACAGCUCUUCAUCCUCGGAAGGGACCUUGGUAUGAACCAAACGCUCAUGGCCUUUUCAUCCGCCCGGGAUCUUGAGGUCGUCCCUCCUGACAACAGUCGUGACUGGUCAAAAAAUGCCCAGAGGCGAGCGCACCGGAAAAGAAGGAAGCAGUUCCUUCACUACAUCGGCGACACAUUCGUGGUUCCGGAUGGCCUGGGCGACAUGGACGAGCUGGUACAGCGUCGCGCCAAUCGGUACCAGGAAAUAUUGGAACAGACUCGGGAUGUUAAAGACGAACAGAUCCAGCAGCGGUGGCCACGAACUCAUAACUUCGACCUAUUUGCAUCCCGUAUUGCUGUAUCGAUCGACUCGAUCAUCGAGGCUGCUGAGACCCCUAAUAUCGAGCGCCCUCUUUCCGUAUUCGAAGCCAUCUACGAGGCGACGAUGAACUGCCUGGAGACCGAGGGCGGUUACAUUCCUUUGCACACUUUGCACGAAUACGAAGUAGCUUUCGAAGCGCCUCCGAUGGACGGAGAGGCCAUAGCAGCAUGGGACUCACGUCUCCAGGAGCUUUUUGCCACGUACGAUCAACGAAUCGUUGCCCAACCAUUUGCAACACACCUUUUACGGGGUGCCGACACAACCACCCCGUUGGCAGACAUUCGGCACCAACUCGAACAGCUUUGGGGUACAGCCGACCUCAACCCGCGAGCACAUCACUCCCGCAGCGUCGUCCUCGCCGAGACGGCCGAAGCCAUCGCUAGAUCCCUUUUCGGUGUCGCCGUUCUCGACGAGAAGCUUCUGACAGUUGAAGACGAGCCCGCCACCUGGGUCCCAACACCACCCGACCUACCACCACAGCAAUCAAGCCAGCGACUUUCCAUGUCCAGCCAGAGAUCCUCGCUCGGCAGUCAACGACUCUCCAUGUCUCCUCUUAAACCACGAAAUUCAAUGUCCCCAGUCAAGGCAUCCCGUGUCACAAUGUCGCCAAUCAAGCCCAGACUCUCCAUGUCACCCCUGAAACCCCGCGGCUCAAUGUCCCCAGCAAAACACUCCUCGCAGCCCUUCUCAUCCUCGAACCCCUUCUCCUCAAACCCUUUCUCCUCCUCCGCACCCCAAUCCUCAGCCGCCGCCUCCCGAGACACCGCCGCCGCCGCCGCCGAGGCCGCAUCGACAGCCCUCUCGCGCCUGAGCAUGCUCGCCGCAGACAUCAACACGACAGACGCCCCGGCCCGCCAGCACUCCGUCCUCUCCUACUGGCCCGCCAAGCGCGGCGUCCCCACAGACGACUACGUCUCCUCCGUCCUCGCCUCCUCCACCAAACACAUCGACGCCAUCAAGGAGCGCCGCGAACGCGUCGAAUCCCGCCGCCGCAAGCGCAAGUCCCAGCUCUACGGCGGCAGCUCGCAGGCGCCCGUCUCCUCGCAGGGCGGCGGCGGCACCACGCAGGACGAGAUGGAGGACUCGGAACCCGCGACGCAGCCGGAGCCCGCGACGCAGCCCCUGCCGAAGCUCGCGCCGCCCGUCAUCGAGUCCAGCCAGUUCUCGCCCGUGCGCUCGUCGCAGCCCGUCAUGUCGUCACAGAUACCGCAGGUCAUGUCGCAGCCCCUCGCCGGACGACACGGGAUGCGGUCGCCCAAGAAGAAGGGGAAGAGGAAAUCCGGGUUCUAA